GCAUAUAUUGUACUGUAGGUAGUGUCUCAUGGACCCCAUGGUCGCCACGAGGCUAAAUAUAGUGGGCACUGGGUAGUGGCCUGGCCCCACCUCACCUCAAUCUCCGAAUCCUAAAGCUGCAUCGAGAGCAUUGGCUCCCCCAAGUUGAGCGUCGAGCGCGUUCCCCAGACGCAUUUUCGCGAUGGCAUCGACUUCGGCACAUGAAGACGUUCUAAUGGCGUCUCCUUCGGGGCCACCCCCUGUCCCGUCAGACAACGAGCCCAAGUUCGGUGGCUACACACGCUUCGAGCUGGAACUCGAGUUUGUCCAGUCUCUUGGAAAUCCGUUCUACCUAAACCAUCUCGCAUCCCAGAAGCUGCUCACGAACCCGGCCUUUAUCGCGUACCUCGACUACCUCCAGUACUGGGCCCGGCCCCCUUACCUGAAGUAUCUGACCUAUCCCGGCCCGACUCUGAAGAAUCUGGAGUUGUUACAGCAGGAGAGGUUCAGGCAGGACAUUAUCAGCCCGGAUCUGGUUAAUGCGCUUGUCCAAGAAGGCAUGAGUGCGGCUGUGGAAUGGCACAGGGAAACCAUCGCCUGAAUGCCUCUCGCCUUUGCCCUGGGGCUGGACAUGAGCAUGGGGCGGGCGAUCGUACAGACAUUGAAGGACCCGAUGAAGUUGAUCGGGCGGUCCAUGUCUUCUGGGGAAUCCCGGGGAAGGAUGCCACACGAGAUGCAGCGAGGAUGCCUGCCAGGUCCCGAGAGACAUGACCCUCGCGAUUCUUUAUGCACGGUGACGAAUUGGCGAGAUGUUGAUAAGGAACGACUAUUGUCAAGGAAUAUAGACGAGGAUUGGCUAUGUAUGGAUGGAUUCCGGAACACGGCGCAACCAUCAAGGAAACUGGAAAACGAGGCCCCCAUUCGGGGCAAAUGAUACCCAUAAUCAAAACAAAAUUUCUG